UAGAAGAUCAAAGAGAGGUUUGGUUUCUCGCUCUGCUUGGUGUGUUCAGAAGCGGUGGCUUACGUCGUUUUGUGUGCCAUCGUUUCGGCCCAACUAUGUUUUACUCUACGUGAAUUCUCGGCACUCAACCCAGCUGUUGUAAUCUGCAUUUACCGUGCACUAUGGCGACCAUAGAAUCGUUCAUGCAGUACACGUUGUGUGAGCUAUGCAGGGUGAGCCAUAACGUUGGGAAGAAGCACGUGUAUUCGAAGAAACAUCAACAAAUUGUCAAAAAUGUGUUGGCGAAGUACCUUAAGAAAGUGCACGAAGCGAAGCAGUUCCUGAAGAAACCUGAAGUGCACGAUUUGCUUUGGGAAGAUGGAGCUAAAGUUUGGUGCUACUUUUGUGCCGCGGAAAUUGAGAAACACGGGAGAAACGUUGAUAACGCCUUGAGCGUUCGCAGCUACAACUUUCUCUUGCACCUCGCAACGCCGGCUCACGAAGCAGCCUGUAAAAGUUUCUUCUGGAAGAACAAAAUAAGCAAGGCAUCAGUUAAGCUGUAUGUCAUCAGCAGUGACAUAGUUUCCAAAGCAGAGCCGCUUAUUAAUGCUGCAGAAAAGGCCUACCUUGAGAAGAUGGAAAGGCUGCAUCAAAAGAAUGUCUCUGCCAUCCUAAAAGCCGACAAGCAGAGGGAAGACACUGUGAUGAAAGCCCGCCUCGAGUACUCUUCAGCGGUUAGCGAACACACCAGUUCCCAGCCCCAGCCUGGUUGCAGCAGUUGGUCGUCAGUAAAUGGAAUUUCAUCAUCGAGGGAACAGCGAGCGAUACCGCAGGGAAUGACAGGCAAUAUCCACACCGGUGCAAAGCCUCCUUGGCUGUAUGAAGACAGCGAGGAAGAAGAUGAGGAGGAGCCAACCACGGCCAAGCGUCCACGCAUUGGAGAGGUCUCCAAGGCCCCCAUCGGACCCACCAUGGAGGACUUCCAGAAACAUUUGUUCCUGGAGAAGAGGAAAAAGCUCAACCCGAACCGGGUAGGGGCAAAUUUCGACCACUUUUCGGAAACUUCGGAAGAGUGGCUCCCAUCGUUUGGACGCGUGUGGAACUUUGGUAGGAGAUGGCAGUCGAGGAGUCAGUACCGAAAAGAAGAAAAGGCUGCAGGAAAAUGGAAGAAGCUGAAGGAAAGUUAAACUAUGUCUGGACAAAGACGUAAUGAGCACAACUCUGUUGACCACUUUCUGUAAAUAAUAAUAAAUUGUCUAUUUUUAUCUGAA